AAUGUCUGGGGAAAUCAUACCAAAAAACAACUCAUUGAAAAAAUUAACGAAUUGAUGACAACGCUUCAAGAAAAAAAUGAAACCCAUGCUAAUGAAAUCAGUCUUUACCGAAAAACUUUUGAAGAACAAAAACAAGAAAUAAAAGAAAACCAUGAAAAUGAAAUCAGUCUUUACCGAGAAAUUAUUAAUGAUAAAAAAAAUGAAAUUAAAAAUUUAAUGUUAGUAAUUGAGAAAAAUGAAGAACUACGAAGAAAAUAUGAAUAUGAAUACAAUGAAAGAUUGAAAGAAAAGGAUAAAAUCCAUAAACGUGAAAGAGAAGAAAGAGAACGGACAUAUAAACAUGAAACUGAUCUCUUGCAACAAACCAUCGAUCGUUUGGAACAAACUAUUCACUCCUUUCAAAUUGAUGAGAGAAACAUCACUAAAAAACAACUCAUUGAAAGAAUUAAUGAACUUACAGAAACCUAUGAAAAACAAAAACAAGAAACGAAAGAACAUUAUAAAAAUGAAAUCGGUCUUUACCAGAAAAUAAUUGAAAAUCAUGAAAAAGAAGUUAAAAAUUUGAUUGAAAAUCAUAAAAAUGAAAUCGAACGAAUUAAUGAAAUGAGAAAAAAAUACGAAUAUGAUUGUG